CUUUUUGCAACUGAAUUUUGCCUAGAUUACUGUAAUUGUUCGGUAAACAAGUGGAGUGUGCAAUAAAGUAUAUUAUAUUUAGUAUGACUUAUUCGCAUAUUGAAUAAGUUAAACAAGUCAGACGAAUUUGAAAGUGUGUAAGAUUGGCGUGAAGAGCCGUAGUCGUUGGUACGGCGAUAAAAUGACACAAACGCAGAUUCGGGAAAAUAAAGCUCCGAUCAGCAGGACGAGGAUUGUCGGCUCACAGGUGCUAGCAUGUCUGGCGCUGGACCUGCUGCUGGUGGGGCUGGGCAUGUCCAUCAGCUUCGUGACCAUGGUCCUGCCAGAAGUGCUCGAUGCCAAGGAGGGGCUCUCCAUCAACGAGAAACAAGCCUCGUGGUUUGGUGGCAUGGCGUUCCUCUGCCAGCCGCUCGGCAGCAUAUUCUCCGGGCCGCUGCUCGACCACUUCGGUCGGAAGAAGGCUCUGUUCCUGGUGAACAUUCCCCACCUCAUCGCGUGGCUGCUCAUGUACUAUGCGUGGAACGUGCCCUCGCUGUUCAUCGCUAACGCCUUGCUGGGCAUUGGCACGGGCAUUAUGGAAGCUCCUUCCAUUACAUACGUUGGUGAAGUUAGCGACUCGUCAGUAAGAGGGAUCCUGACGACGCUGACCAACAGUUUCACGUCGACCGGCAUGUUCCUGUCGUACCUGCUUGGGACAGUGCUCCCGUGGCGGCAGGCGGCACUCGUGUCGCUCACUGUACCGCUGGCCACUAUGCUCGUCGUCUUAUUUGUACCCGAAACUCCAAUCUGGCUGCUUUCCAAGGGGAGGCAGAAAGAGGCUCUGCGGUCCCUCUGUCGUCUGCGAGGAUGGUGCGAGCCGGAAGGCGUCAAGGAAGAGUUCGACCAGCUCCUCAAAUACAAUGACGCCAUCCACCAAUGUGUCAUAUGCCUUAAAGAAAACAAAACGGCCCUUCCAUGCGAGCACAUGACUGCGCCCCUAAUAAAGAGGAUUGUACUCAAAUACAAGCACGUGUUCUUCGUGAAAGAGACUAUGAGACCGUUCGCCCUAGUGAUGGCAUAUUUCUUUUUCUACCUGUUUAGCGGUCUCAUGCCAAUCAGGCCGAAUAUGAUUAAUUUCUGCAAGGCACUAGGGAUGAAGUACGAGACGAAAACUAUAGUGGUUCUAGUCGGCGCAGUAUUCAUAGUCAUGAACUUGCUAUCAGCAGUGAUAGUAAAAUUAAUCGGUAAACGCAAGCUGGUGAUCGGUUCGCUGUCGGCCACAGCGCUCUGCAGUCUCUUCAUCAGCAUUUACGCGGGGACCAACCUGCCGCGGGACCUGUUCUCGUAUGAGCCUCACACAUUCCCGGAGGCCGCGGACACGCUGCCGGUAGUGCUGUUCAUGAUGCUGGUGUGCUUCACUAGCCUGGGAAUACCUUGGGUGGUGCUGUCUGAAGUGUUUCCUUUCAGGAGUCGCGGGAUGGCGACGGGCAUGGCCGCAGCGUUGAGUUACAUCUUGCUCUUCAUCGCAACGAAGACUAACUACAACAUCGAGUCAGCAUUUCAUCUCAGUGGAGCAUUCACAAUUUAUGCCAUACUUGGCUUCCUAGGUAGUAUGUAUCUAUAUUUCUACCUACCAGAAACAGAAAACAAAACAUUGGUAGAAAUAGAAGCCUUUUAUAACGGAAAUAGAAAGAUUUUCGCCGACGACUUUUUGAUCAAUGCUUUCAAAAAGAAGUCUAGUAAUGAUGCUAACGCUCCUAUGCUAGUCAAUUGAAAAUGUACAAAAUGAUAGAAUAAUAACUGAAAUUUUAGGAUAAUUGUACUGUAACCAUCAUUUUAGUUCAAAAAAUUGUAUGAGGCAUACAGUGUUAAAUGUCAUUACGAUGAAAUGAAAUGUUUUGAAUGAGUUAACUAUUAUUGAUUAGGGUAUGUUUAAAGUUUAGGUUAACUGUGACUGAGUGACGUUUUCAUUUGCACCUUUUUUAUUGCACGAUAUUAUUAUGAACACCUGAACAGACAUUGUAAAAAUUGUAGCAAUUUUGAUGCGGCAUGGUAAAAAUAAAGAAGUUAGGAAUUAGGCUCUCCGAUUUUUUUGUAAAAUUCUUGCCAUUUAUUUACAAACAUAUUCUAGGUGAUAAAUUCGUGUUCACAUUACUGUUAUUAAUCCAACGAACUGUUCCAGCUAAUGCUGCACCGAAAAUACUAGAGAAUAUUUACGAUGUCUGGUUACGAAACUACUUAAUACACUGUUCCAUUACCUAUACCCCGGUUUGAUCUUUACAAUCUAUGUUAUGGUUGUUAUGAAUGAAGUUAUUAUUAAGUAUGUAUUUUUUAUACUGUCUAAUAGGCCUAAUUAUAUCGUAUAGACAUAUAGUAUUUAAUCAAAGUUGUGUUAAUUAUAAAACUGU